AUGGCAGCACCUCAAGUAAUUGUGGUCGGUGGUGGAUUGUCCGGCCUGAGUGCCGCCCACACCGUCUACCUGAACGGCGGCAACGUCCUCGUUCUCGAUAAGCAAGCCUUCUUCGGUGGUAACUCUACCAAGGCCACCUCCGGUAUCAACGGUGCCCUCACCCGCUCCCAGGUCGACCUCGGCAUCAAGGACAGCGUGAAGGAGUUCUACGAGGACACCCUCAAGUCUGCCCGCGAACAGGCUCGCCCCGACCUCAUCAAGGUCCUCACUUACCAGUCCGCGGCUGCCGUUGAGUGGCUGCAGGAUGUCUUCAACCUUGACCUUACACUUGUCUCCCGUAUGGGUGGUCACUCCAACCCCCGUACUCACCGUGGUCACGAUGCCAAGUUCCCCGGCAUGGCUAUCACCUACGCUCUUAUGCAGCGUCUGGAGGAGCUGGCUGAAAAGGAGCCUGGUCGUGUGCAGAUUGUGAAGAAGGCCCACGUCACCUCCGUUAACAAGGAGGGCAACGAUGUCACCGGUGUCACCUACUCCGUCAACGGCGAGACCAAGACCGCCGAUGGUGUUGUUGUCCUCGCUACCGGUGGUUACGCUGCUGACUUCAGCGACUCCUCUCUGCUCAAGCAGCACCGUCCCGACACUUACGGUCUCUCCUCCACCAAUGGUACCCAUGCUACUGGUGACGGCCAGAAGAUGCUGAUGGCGAUCGGUGCCAACGGAAUCGACAUGGACAAAGUUCAGGUCCACCCUACUGGACCCUCAGCCAAGUUCAAGUUCUUGGCGGCCGAGGCCCUCCGUGGUGAGGGUGGUCUCCUGCUCAACUCCGACGGUGAGCGAUUCUCCGACGAGCUGGGCCAUCGUGACUACGUCACUGCCCAGAUGUGGAAGGAGAAGGAGAAGAAGAAGUGGCCCAUCCGCUUGGUUCUGAACAGCAAGACCUCCAACCACAUGGACUUCCACACCCGUCACUACUCUGGCCGUGGUCUCAUGCGCAAGAUGACCGGCAAGGAGCUGGCUAAGGAGAUUGGCUGUGGCGAAGCCGCCCUCAAGAAGACCUUCGACGACUACAACCAGAUCGCCGAAGGCAAGAAGAAGGACCCUUGGAACAAGAAGUUCUUCCACAACAUGCCCUUCAGCAUUGAUGAUGAAUUCCACGUCGCUCUAAUGGAGCCCGUGCUGCACUUCACCAUGGGUGGCAUUGAGAUCAACGAGCACGCCCAGGUGCUCAACAGCGAGAAGGCCCCAUUCACUGGCCUCUACGCUUGCGGUGAGCUGGCGGGUGGUGUUCACGGUGCCAACCGUCUCGGUGGUUCAUCGCUGCUGGGCUGUGUGGUAUACGGCCGUGUCGCCGGUGCCUCUGCCUCGCAGCACCUCUUCCAGAAGCUCAUCAGCAAUGGCUCCUCCGCCGCCCAGCAGCGUUUGGGCCAGAUCUCCCUGCACAUUGAUCCCUCCACCCCGGGAAAGAUCUCCGUUGAGUGGGGCGGUGCCGCCGCUAGCGGUGGCAGCCUCCCUUCUGUGGCUGCUACUCCGGCUGCUGCUUCUACCUCCGCCACUCCUGCUGAGGCCCCGGCCAAGGCUGAUCCCGGGAAGUUCACAAUCCCAGAGACUGAGUACUCUAUGGAGGAGGUUGCUAAGCACAACAAGAAGGAUGACUUGUGGAUCGUCGUCAAGGGCAUUAUCCUAGAUGUGACCAACUGGCUGGAUGAGCACCCUGGCGGUGCCAACGCCUUGUUCAACUUCAUGGGCCGUGAUGCUACCGAGGAAUUCGCCAUGCUCCACGAUGAUGAGGUCAUCCCUAAGUACGCCGCCCAGACUGUUAUUGGCCGCGUCAAGGGCCAGACCCCCAGCCUGGACAUCUAA